CGUAAGUACUAUUUUUAAAGAGUGAGGAAGUUUAUCUAAAAUAUAUUUUUAGUUUUAUAAAAUUUUUUCGCAUAAACAAGGAUUUUUUUUGUUUUUGCUGCAAAAACUGGAUAUUUUUUUAAAGCCUUCCACUCGGUGUUCUGCCAUUCCACCAGUUUUAAAGUUGUGUUGUGCUUUGAGAUUUUUUGCUGAUGGUAGCUACCAAAAAAGUAGCGGGAAUGAUUUUAAUGCUGGCGAUUCACAACCAACUGUUUCCUGCAUUUUGAAAGAAAUAAUACAAUUCUUUGAACAAAAAAUUUGCAAAAAGUGGAAGAAGAAAAGAGCAAUAGUAAGACGCCCUUUUACUCAAAAACACGAUUUCCAGGAGUAAUUGGCUGUAUAGAUGGUACACACGUAAGAAUUGUAGCGCCUCCAAAGGAAUUACAACAUCUAUAUUUAAACAGAAAGGGAUAUUACAGCUUGAAUGUUAUGAUUUUGUGCGACUUUGAAAUAAAGAUCCGUUAUGUAGAUGCUCGAUAUCCCGGUUCUAACCAUGACUCCUUCGUGUGGAAUAUGAGCGAACUAAAACAAUAUUUACAAAAUACAAUGGAGAAUAAUACCUGGAUUUUAGGUGAUGCCGGGUAUCCAUUGAAACCAUUUUUAAUAACUCCAUUUCGAGGCGCUGCAGAAGGAUCACAAGAAAGACGCUUUAAUACAGUUCAUGCAAAAGCAAGAAAUAUUAUUGAAAGAACAAUUGGGGUUCUUAAAAGCAGAUUUCGAUUUUUGCUUUCUGCAUGAGGUUUGCACUAUGCUCCGGAAAAAGCAACUCAAAUUACAAAUGUGUGUUGCGCAUUGCAUAAUUUAAGCCAACACUUCAAGACCGAAUUUCAUGAUGAAACGAUUUUGCCUAUAAAUACAGACAUAGAUGUUGCGGAAGCUACAGAAAGAAACAUAGAAGAGUUCUCACAACAAAUUAUAAAUAAUUUAAUGCUAGCAAUUCUAAACGAAUAAACAUUAUUUUUAAAUCAUAUUCAUUGCUUUUAUUUCAC